AUGGAAGAUAAUUUACAACAUGGACGUCAGAGAAAAGUGCCCAAAGCACUUGGUAUUUUUCUGAGGUGCUUUUCUGCCACUGCUAGAAAAGAGCAGGAGCAAUUGGUACAUGAUCAUGUUGACAACAACACAGAAGAGAUCAUAAGAAGAAGAAGCAGAGUGGCUUCCACAACAGCCGUCGAUGAAAAACCUCUUGGCAAAAUUGCAGAUGCGUUCAAAGAGCUCGCAGACAUUGUCAUCUCCGAAAAUGUGGUUGAGGUUGCUGCUUUUUCCCGGGCGUGUGCUUUUGUGGCUCCCCUUUUUGGCAGCAUUGGCUUUCACUUCAAGUUCAUUGAGAUGGAUUACCUCACCAAGGUCAAUGACAUAGCAGAGGCAUCAAAGUCUUUCAAGACAUUACAAUCUAUGGUUGAUCAUGAUGUACAAACUAAUUCUGUGAGAAUACAAGGAAGCCAUUCCAGAAAUCUUUUGAAGAUAAAACGGGGACUUGAAUUUCUCAAGGUGCUAUUUGAACAAGUUCUACUCACAGAGGGAAAUUCUAUGAGAGAUGCGGUUUCUAAGGCUUACACGCAAAUAUUUAAUUCAUAUCAUGGCUGGGCUCUCAGAAAAGCCGUUUCUGUAAGAUUAAAUUACAUUCCUACGAAGCAGCAGCUAUAUAGGAAACUCGGUGAAGAUGGUAAGUAUAGCAUAAUAUUUGCUACAAUCAGUUUAUAUAUGUAUUUAAGGCUUACAACUUUAACUAUUGUAGUUAUGAUGUUAACAAUAUUUUUGUUAUUCUUCAAUGUGUUACACUAGAGUCUGCGGCAAAGGUCUUGAUGGAAACUUAUAUAUCAGCAUCCCCGCCUCUAAUCCAAUAUAUUGAGAAGAUCUUUCUCGAAAGAGAAUUGGGUAUAGAUUGGUGAACCUUCUAAAUGGAUGUGUUUUGAUUGAUUUGGAUACAUGUAAUAGAUAACUGUUAUAGUUUGGAAUCU